GGACAAGGCGGGCAGCGCCUGCUCGGUGCCGGCAGCCGGGGCUCUCCGCGGGGCCGGUGCUGAGGGCGGUGGCGUUCCCGCCUUUCCCCUCAGCGGCCGCCGGAGCGUGUCGAGAGCCCCACCGCCAGAGGGCGUGGCCCCGUGCGCAGGUGCAGGAGGGGGCGUGGCCUCAGGACGUCCCCUUAGGUGCGGCCCCGCCCUCCCCUCAGGUGCGGGAGGCCCGAGGCGGCGGCGCCGCUCCCCGCCAUGGCGGCCCCCGGCGGGCUCGGCCGCUGCGUGGCCGCCUUCUGGCUGGCGUUGGCCUUCGACGCGCUGGGCCUGGCGGUGCUGCUGGCAGGCGUGUUCGCCGACGUGUUCUUCUCCGACCUGCUGAUCUACGCGGGCGGCAUCGGCAUCUUCCUCAGCCUCAUCUGGUGGGUGUUCUGGUACGCGGGCAACCUGGAGGUGCCUCUGGAGGAGCUGCGCGACGACGUGGGGCUGGCGCCGCCCAAGGUCCGCAGUGACAGCCUGCUGCGGCGGCUGGUUCACGGCUUCAGCCUCCGACUCUCCAACACCUUCGCUUCAGCGCCGCGCUCCCGCGCUGCCUCCGCCGCUGGCCUGGAGCUGCAGCGCGCCGGGGACCCGCGAGACCGCCCUGCCGACUCCGGCAGCGGUUGCACCUCCAAAGGUAAUGCAGGGUUUCCUUUUGAAGAUUUGUUGAAGAUGCGACUAUUGAAGUUACUGCCUCUAAAAGUGGAGGAAAUGCUGCAAAUUAUGGAAAGAGAUUUCCCUGCUCAAUGCAGUAGGAUUCUCUCAUCAUGGAAUAAUCUCUGCAAACAUUGUGGACUCUCUAUAAAAUGGACAAAUAGAGCCAUAUCUCUGCCAAAUGCAUGUAUUUCAGCAUUGGACUGGAUAUGUUUUGAAAUGAUGGAAAAGCCCCACAAGCCCCCCUAAAUUAGAUCUCUUAAGAAGUGAGAACUAAAGAAACAAACCUGAUUCAUGGAAAAAUCACUGCAGCAUGUAAUAGAGAUUUUAUUAUUAUUUUUAAUAACCUGAGAAUGUUUGGAUAAAAAGCUCUUGCACAAUGAAAAGCUCUUGCACUGUUUUACCAAGGUCUGGAAGUAAAACUACUGUGAAUUUUUAUGAUGCCAGUGCAAUACUUUUGUUUGUAAGGGUGCUUCUGAAAUAUCUAUGUUAAACUACUGAUGCAAAGUUGCAAAUAUAGUAAAAGUUGUUUAUAGUGUAAAUAACAAUUUAGAGUGACUCUUGUAAAUUUUCAUAAUUAUUUUGGAAUAACUUGGAGUUUGAGAUUUUUAUAAGUGGGCAAGUAAAAGUAACUAUGUUGGCACACCAGUACAUUCUUCAUAGUUACAAGUGAUGUAAUAUGGCUAAGAAAAGGUAGUUUUAGUGCAAUAAUAUUGGGAAUUAUUUUCCUAAGUCUAAUCACUUGUGAAAGAGGAUACCACCAAAAAAAUCCCCUGUUGAUUAACAGAUACUCUGAUGCUUUAUAAAAUACUAAUGAAUUUACACUUAGAUUUAAGUGAAAAAUAGCACUUGGGGAAAGAUUUAUAUUAAAGGUAAUGAUACCUGAAAUUCUUGUGUGGAGAAAUUCUUCAUGAGUUCCUCUGGUUUUGAACUUACAUGAGGAGUUUGAGUCCACCAUUGGCAAAUACGGGUAGGUCUUAAAAUUUUAAUGUAUGAUUGGUUUUAUGCCACGCCUUGUCAAAUACUAGAGGUGGCUUUAAGGAAAAUGGUUACUAAGAAUACUGUGCUUGUACUUACUUCCUUGUGAACUCUUGCAAUGGCUUUCAAUGUUCUCAUAAAUUAUUGGAGUAACUGCUUACUUUUCUAUGCAUAUGCUGAUUUUUAAAUGUUCCAAAUGCUCAGUUUUUCAGCAAGGUUAGAUGAACACUAAACUUGUAGAUCUAUAAUGUGAUUUCUUUUUUACUGACUGCAGUUUUUAGGAGGUGUGUGCAAUUGUUUCCUCCUUUUAGAGGAGCUGCAAUGUGACACCACUGUGUUGUUACAAUGGUCUGAAAAAAGAAGCCAAACCAGCUCCUUCCUUAAAGCCUAUAGAUCCCUGUUUCCGUGUCAUUUGCAAGAUUGUUGUUUUUCUGUUUUGAACAGAAAGAACUGCUUUUUCUGAUUCCUUAUAGUUUCACUUGUAAACUCAAUCAUGAGAUGUAAUGGUUAAGUGGGAUGAUUAGUAGCAGCUAUAAAUUAAACAGAACAUUUGCGUGCAUCCAUUCAUGUACUCAGUCUGGUGAAAUUUUUAAUCAUAAUGGCAAGUGAAUUGGGCAGGGCUUUGAGUUCACUGUAGAUUACAAUGUAAUUAAUCUUUAAUCCAAUAUCAAGACGUUAUGAUUGUUGCAUAAGAUAGUAGUUAGAAUGGCUUUGGCUGUUGCAAUUUCACUCAAAAAAAUACAUGGGAUUCAAAUAUUUAAAACUGGAGCAUUGUGUGUGUGUUAAAAAUUUAGUAUAGAAGUUGGCACCUCAGUUCAGGAAGGUGCUAAUCAUAGAGAAGUGCUGAAAUGUUACUAGUAUGGUGUGUGUAAACAAGGAGAUAAAAAAUACUUGCUGUGGGACAGUGUAACUUGUGAAUUCUGAUCCUCUUUUCUUGAAAAUGUGAAUGGUUACUGUUUCAUGCCGUCUGCCUUCUAAAUAAGGAAAGCUAAUACUAAAUAGAAACUGGCAGCUGAAUUAUUAGCAGUUAAACAUUAACAAAUAUUUUAAACUAUUUUAGUGUCCUGUUAUCCUUAUCAGUUGUAGCUCAAUGCAGCACAAAGUCCAUUAAAAGAACUUCUAUAUUGUUGAUUGAAAAGCAGCUCUUCUAGGUGUUUAGGACCGUUUGCUGUUGUGUGAACACAGAGCUUUGCAUGUAAAGCUAGAACUCCUUUAGACUUAAAGGACAGUCCUAUGCAUUCUGUUGAAAAACAUCACCAAAAUCGCAAAGAGCCAGACUGUGGUUACAGGAGUGCUUUUUGUACCUGGUUAAGCCUUAAAACUAGCUCAAAACAGCAUCCUGUACUCCAUUAA